AUGAGUGGUCAACAACUGCAAAUGAUCUCUUGCUCUUCGGUAUUUUUAUUAUUUUUGUUAUUAAAUUACAAUGGUGCACGUGUUACAGGUCAAAAUUACUCUAGCAAUCAGCCUUACGAUAAUGACUUUAUUAAUUUUAUUGCGUAUGGUCGGGACUACGAUAAACAUAAACAUCCUUAUGUAGUAUCAUUGAUAGCUACCGACAGUUAUCAAUGCACUGGUACGUUACUAAAACCAACAUUCGUGCUCACUGCUGCUCACUGUACAUGGGGAUACAAGGCGGACGAUAUUGCAGUAAUUCACGGCGCAGUCGGUGUUUAUAUGCAAGAUAAGCCUAAAGAUUAUGGCAAUAGUCAAAGAGUGGGUAUUAAUAUUUGGCAACACGAAAAAUAUCACGAUAAGUAUAACGAUUGGCCUGAUAUAGCUAUGGUCGAAGUAAAUCACGAUAUAUUGUAUAAUUAA